AAAUGUGAAUUUACAUUCAGUUACAUCUUGUUAUAAUAAUCACAUCAAACAAAAACCAAUGAAUAUAUUUUGUUCAACAAUAAUUAAAUACUAUAACAAGGAUAGUUGCCUUAAAUAAAUCUUUAUCCCCUUUGGUGACAUCGAAAAUCUUUCUCACCUUUUCAUUAAUAUUUCCUACCACACCAAUGAAAUAAUUUAUUAUUAAUGAUCUUUUCCUUCCUACGUCUUCCAAGGUCAGGAUAUUUCGUUGUCGGGCAUUGGCCCUACUGUUAUUGUAUUCUCAAAUAGCUGUGUCAGAUGCAAGAUGAAGUUUUGUUUACCUGCAUUAAUUCGUUUUCGGUUUCUUACCCAUGCAUGGUGCCAAAAAUUUCCCGUUUAAAAAUUUAUGAAAAAAAUCAUUGUAUGAAUUUAUCACAAUUCUUUGCUUUUGUAAGUUAUGUAUCUUUGGUAUGGGCAUAUACGCUUGCGAUAGCGGGGCUAGAAGAAGGUCUGGGUUAAUUUCCACUAACGUAACUGGAAUAUGUUUAUCAGCACCGAAAAAGCCGAUAACAAACCUAAACAGCUCACCGAUCCCCAAGUCUUCCCAGCUAGUCAGGAACCAACUCAUUUCAAACCAAAAGAAUGAAAGAGGUUCCACACCAGAUAGUGACGCUAGUUCUAGUUCAUCUAGGUUUGGUAAGAAGAGCGGAACAACACCAAGCCCUGUCAACCUCAGCCCUAGUCACAAGAAUGUACGUAGUAGAACAAAUAAUGGAGCUGUUGUAAGGUCUAAUUCCGGCUCUCCUGCGAAAGCUCCUCAUUCGAUCCUGAAAAAAUCUUCCAUUGAAGAGCAAAUUUCACCUCUUCACUCUGUUACCCUCCCAGUUUCAAUAUUAAAAAGAAAAACAUCUCAAGAUGAAACAGUUGCAAGGUGUGCGAGCCCUGUGCGGUUUUCACCUAGCGUUGUUGAAAAGAAGGGACGAGGAAUUCUUAAGAAACAUAGGAGUCUGGAUGAACCACAGGUUGAAAUACAUAGUCUUCAGGAAGGCAUUGAAGAAGAUAAGCGUAAUGGUAGGAACGCGGAUAGAAGAAGGUGUUCCUUGGAAGAGGUGUCAAGGAGAUCUCCAGAGCCUCAGAGUAUCCUGAAGCGAAAAGCCAGCCGAGAAGAGGCAGAAUCUAAUCCUGACCCUCCUCAGGGUAUCUUGAAGAGGCGCAGUUCCCCAUUGGUGUCAACUGAAUCAUUAUCUCCUGAACCUAUCCUGAAGAAGAAGGAUGAGCCUCCCGUGGAACCUAGACCAAUUUUAAAAAAGAAAUCUAGCUCCGAGGAAGAAGAGCAUGCAGUGCGGCCCAUCCUCAAGGAUAGCCCAGCGAGGAGGCCUACAGCUGAAAUCAGACCCAUUCUUAAACAAACUGAAGAAUCUCAAAUUCCAGGCGUCCUUCUGAGACCAAGGGCUAGGAGAAGCUACCCGGGUGAAAAUAGGCUAUCAUUGGAUGCUGGACUGUUACGAAGGCUAGAUGAGCCGAGAGCUGGUCGACCAUUAUCUGUGGCUGAGCGGGUCCAAAGUAUGGAGACUGCCUUCAAUUCUUUGGACGGCGCUGUCAACAUCAGGCCUCCCUCUCCAAAUUUGAGAAUGGAUGAAGAAGAAUGCUCUAGAGGUUUGGAAAGGAGUGGCAGUGUUUCUGAAAGAGCUUCCAUAUUUGCUCAGUUAGAAUUGAAGGAAAAGCAAGCGGCCGAAGCUGCGAAAGCUCGACGUAUUAGCAAAGGUUUAAGAAACAGAAGUAAGACUGAUCGAUUCAGCACCCAACCCGUGACAGUUAUCGAGGUUGAACAGGCAAAGCGAAACAAUGAUCCUAACUGUGAGUCUUCAAUCUUUGCAAAAUCCUUUGUCUUGUUUUAA